AUGCAACCCCUACCACCGCCAAAUACUGGUCCAGCAGUGAAAGGCCCAGCAUUAUUACAAUUGUCGUCCGUCAAUCCUGUAACAUGGUCACGUCCAGGCGAUGGUGAUAUUGUCGUAACGACACCAUCGAGAAAGUCAAUUUACUAUGGCAAUAAAGGCCCAAGUGUAGCUACAGACCAAGGUCAGUUGGAUCAUGACGAUACAAGAAACACAGGCCCAGAAAAUAUUUUUUGGAAUGUGACAGCGCCUACUGGUGUUUAUCAUAUCUGUUUUCAGCAAUAUUCUUUCUCUGUCCCAUCAAACGUUACCAAUCCAAUAACAGCUACAUUUCAAAUACGAAGACCAAACGCUGUAACACAGACAUUAACAAAAACAUUCGUCAAUGGGGAUCGUAUAGUUCCAAACACAUGUAAUUCUACGAUGUUUACGUACGUGGGCUCAGUGAAUUAUCUAUAA